GUCAACAUCCCAUCCUUCCCCCUCUCGCUUUCCGGAAAGUAUCAUAAAAAGGGCAAAAAAAAGUUCGGUAUCAUACUCCCUGCUCUCUUCCUUUUCCGCUAGCCGCCCUCAACGUUAUACAUAAGACCCCACCGUCCACUUACCAUCGUGACAUACUGGCAAUCAGGAGCAAGGUUGGUUUCCAAAAAUCCUUUUAAUUUUGCCCUCGUUCUUUGUAUUCCCUCCUUACUUGCCCAAUUACUGUUCCACGUUUAGAGCUUCAAUCUUGUUGCUACCGUGCUUGCUCUAGCGCUAUUUCCUAGCUUCCCCCGCUCUUGAAAGGAGGUCUUUUGGCCUUUUCCCCUGGUGGAUACUGGUAGUUGAGGCUUGUCUCGCGAAGGAGAUAUUCAUACCUUUUCGUUAUUUGACUGUGACGGGAGGGAAAGGGAAAGAAAGGGAAAAAAGAAGAAAGGAAAGGGAAAAAAAAAGAGUACAAGUAGAAUCUUCUUUUUAGAAGAUUCAUGACUUGCAUGAGUGCCUCAAUCCAAUUUCUUGAAUGCCGGUUAAGCUUAAUCCAUAUUCCCCUACACCUAUACCCGCAUUUUGUUCAGGCGGUUUUAUCGUUGAUACUUCCCUCGAUAUCCCCGUCCCCGGAGGAUGGGAAGCCAUGGGACGAAGGUUUGGUUCCGGGCUACUAUUCUACUGGAAGAUCUUCGUCCAAAAGCAAAAAUUUUGUCAAUAUCUCAGUGACACCGGUGGAGUGCUCUGUUGUAUGUUCUACCGAGCAGGUGGAAAACCUGUUUGCACCGAUUAUACAAACCCUGUCAUCGAGUCACAGGGAAGAGGUCAGGAUUUCAGAGGACGAGUUUGUUGCGAUUCAGGUUGACGGAGAAGGGCUGGAUGCGGGUCAGAGGGUCUUGGACUUGACUAGUCCAUUGGCAUUGGCCGGAGUCCCCAUAUUCUUUCUCACGACCUAUUUCUCGGAUUAUAUCCUGGUUCCGUCGAAGAACCGUGGCAACGUCACCAAAGCGCUGCAACGACGGGGAUUCGUUUUUGAGAAGCAUACGGAGGCAUUUGUCACGAGCCCUUCGCAUCACCGCAACUCAUCCUCCGCCUCCUCAUUUAAUAUCGCCCCUCCCUCACCACCGCCAACCACAGUCGGUGAACUACAGAUCAAGACGUUUGAAACCCUACGAGGGCAGAGCAUAGUCCCGCAGGUGAACAAAAAUACAAGGCUAGUAUUAUGUGCCGGUAGGCGCUCGGUUAAUAAGGGCAGAGGCAGUGACGAUAGAGGGCUCUACCUGGGGUUGGUCAAAUGUCUCAUUUCAAAGCCUCAAUUCUUGAGCGUCACCUUGACAGACGCGGAGCCUGCAUCUCUUCUAUUGGAGAAGGAGAUGCUCCCUAUAUUUGGCUCUGACAAUGCCCUACUGGGUAGCAAGGAGGACGUGCUCAUCCCCAUCCUUCUGGAUUUGAGGGGUCUUCCUGUGGAUUCUACGGGGAUUGUGUGUGGAGUUGCAGGAAAGUUGGUGGGAGGGACAACAGGGGAGAUUCUGGACAGGACCGAGGCGAUCGAGAUGAGUUACCUGAGUACUGCUAGAGCUGGAACGGUUAUCGUUGCGGAGGAUGAUCUUGCUAGAGCUGUUGCUGCCCUGGGGGUGUAAUUGGGAACCCCACGCUUUCACGUUACGUUAGGUUAUGUUGCGUUUGCCUGGGCAAAUGGAAAAGCGGUCUUCUGUUUUUUCCUUUCUAAAAUUUCCUAUUUGGUCUUUCUUGGGAAGAGGCGGAAAUCUGAUUUGUCGCAUUAGCUCGCUUUUCUUGCUAGAGUGGUUGUCUACGGUAAUUGGUGAGGGGAAGUUUGUAUCGUCUGCUUCUUGCUUUUUUGAUCUUUUCGUUAUUAUUGUUUUAUUUACGAUUUUGAUUACCAUUUCACUUCCUCCCUCCCAAAUGGACGGCGGACAAGCACGAUGCAUGUUCUCUUUCUAUGUAUAUAUUAUAUAUAUUUAACUUUCAUCUCU